AUGUCUUUCCUGUAUAAAGCCAGUAGAUUAAAUAUAACAACCUGCCUGAGGCAUGUAACCGUUGCCCAAAGAUUAUUUUCGGCAACGACCACCCCCACCACAGAUGCAACAGAAAGUGGUGACCAAACAACAGAGAAGAAGGGUUUCGCCAAAGCUUAUGAAAGUCACACCGAUGCUCUGAAACCCAAAGAUUUGCCGGCCGACAAUGAAACCUUUGCCUCCUUGUUGAGGAAUUCGAAAUUUAUUGAUAUGGGCGACCCUGAAGGCAAGGUGGUCAGCGGCAAAAUCUUCCAUGUUGUGGGCGAUGAUUUGUACAUCGAUUUUGGCUGGAAAUUCCAUUGUGUCUGCACCAGACCCCAGCGUAAUGGUGAUGAUUAUGUACGCGGUUCCCGCGUUCGCCUAAGGAUCAAAGAUUUAGAAUUGUCAACGAAAUUUUUGGGUUCCAACAAAGAUUUAACUAUUCUUGAGGCAGAUUGCCAGCUGUUGGGUCUGCUGUCAUCACCAGCCCGCCAAGCCUCUAUGAAGUCUGUUGUUCAAGAACGCUAA